CCUGCUUCUCUAUCUAUAGACUGGGAUCAGGAGAGAGAGAAAGAAAAAGAGGCAGACGGGGGAAAGCAAAAGCGAGGCUUAUUAGAGUCGCAGAAAAGACAAACUCAAAUUGAGAAGGAUGUGAAUUUUUAUUUUAUUUUAUUUUAUUUUAUCAAGUCGGAAAAAAGUAAAAUAAUUUUCAGUAUCCAGCAGUGAGAGACAAUUCCGAGAACAUGGACUAAUCAAACGUCGCUACUGUGGAAUAAGGAGCCGGACAGCGUACUAAAAGAGACUAAAAGUUUGAGCCCAAUUUUUCAUCAGAACAGCAUCCUUUAACGAGUCGCAGUGGGUGAGUCACAUUACUGAUGGAGGAGUCUGGGAGUCCUCGUUUCAGCAAGCUCCAUUUCCCCAUGGGCCUGUGGAUAAAUUCCCCACGGAAACACUUCGCCAAGCUGGGUGCACGCUGGCCGAGCGCAGUUUCAGUCAAAUCUACCACCAGCUCAGAUGCGGCCUCAGUGCAUGAAGCCCCGUCCCCUGCCCCGCCCUCCUCCCUCUCUUUCUCCAGUCCCUCUCUCGCCCCAUCGUCCCCAUCCCCUGCCCCCACCUUCCUUCGCCCUCGCCCAGCCAAUCAGCCGCAGUCUCGGGCCAAGCGUCUGUCCAACCUUUUUCUAAGGGGGCGUUCCAACAGUGACCGGGACCGAGCGAUCGGAGAGCGUGAGAGAGAGCUGUGGGCGCACUCGGCCGCCCCGUCAUCGCAUCACUUCCUGCCCUCGGCUUCUUCUUCCUCCCCGGGGCUGGUGAAGAUCUAUGGCGAUGCUCUCUCAAGUGGAGCCAAUUACCGCAGCCUGCUGGCCAACAUCCACUCUACUGCCCGGCAGCUCAUCCAGCAGGUCAUCACCCGAUACACAGAAAGAGAGCGGGAGAACGAGACCGAGGACUUGAGCGUUCUCCAGAAGCAUUCCCCGGAGGACUUCCUGUUGUGUGAUGUCAUUGGAAAGCCCAUUCAGCAGGCAGAUGGAGCUGUGCAAUGGCAGACAGAGUGCCGGAGGGGCGUGGCUCCCUGGGAAUGCCCCCUGCUGUUGGUGGAUAUGUGGAGGCCCAAAGAUGGCUUUGAGCGUCGCUUCGAGAUCCAGCGACGUGACGAGUAUGAGAGGGAGGAGAGAGAGAAAGAGAGGGAGAGAGAGAGGGACGGAGAGAACCAAGUGCGAUGGAGACGCAGCAGGAUGGCCUCAGGUAGCGGUCCUGAAGAGGAGCGCGGUCACCGGGGGAGAAACACUGAGCUUCGGAGGAGUAUAAGCGAUAUGAACCUGACCUUAAGGCGCCGUCAAGGCAACCAGGCCGCCAAUGACCCGAGACAUGGGGGAAACGCACCAAAAAAUGGCAGUCCUCAGGACAGGAAGAAUAUUGUGAGCAUGAUCGCCACAGAAGCAGGAGAGGUCACCGGGCAGAGGGUGCGAGGUGAUGUAGAGAGACACUCAAGAGCAUCAGAGGAAGAGAGAGACACCUGUGACCUGGAAGUGAUGUCGCAGAGCCUGAUCCUCCCACCCACAGACCGCCCAUAUUUCCUGUUGCUGCAGGGCUAUGACCAAAGCAAGGACUUCGUUUUGUACAUCAUGGCAGGUCACACGCACGUUUUUGGACGGAAGCCUACGUUCAGAGAGAGGGAGAAGGACAGGGAGAGAGAGAGGAAGGGAAAGAGGCCUCUCAGAGUGGACACUUUCCUCUCAGCUCCAGAUCUCCUCGCCAGACACCUGCUGGUGAGGAGGGACUCUGCUGUCCCUGACCAACCCCGUGGUCAAGCUCUGGUGCGUCCGUUCAGAGGAGGAGCCGUCACUCACAACGGAGUUGUGCUGUACAGAGAGGCAGUGCUGAAGCCUGGAGACCUUAUUGGCCUAGGCAGUCACUUCCUCUUCCUGUACCGGGACCCCCGAGUGACCCCUGCCCCACCCAUAGCCCUUGCCUCACCCUGGCAGGCUGAGGCUGCCUCCUCCUUCGUGGCUGGAAGUGUGGCGGACAGGCAGGAGGCUCUGAGGCAGUAUCUGGGAUCCUCUGAGGCAGUGCUGAAGUUCCAGGGCAAGCAGGCAGAUGCCCUGCUGCAGGAAAUCAUAGCAAAGAAUUCAACUCCGGAUUCGGGAGGUGGAGCUUUAGCCCCGGCCUUUCUGCUCUCACUCAUGAUUGACUACGCUUCCAAACAUCUGGACCCGGCGCUGACGCCCCAGCUGCUGUUAAAAGCUGCCAAUCAGAUCAAGUCAAUCGUGUGGGACAACAUUAAAGAAUUCGGAGACAAACAUCCCACCCAAACUUCUCCAGAUUCUGAGGCAGAUAUCCCUCCACCCAGUGUCCAGAAACUCUCCUCAGACCUUCGACCUCUCAUGUUCUGGAUGUCCAAUGCCACAGAGCUCCUCAACUUCUUCCAGGUCAAAGUAGAGGCCAUGGAGAAGGAAUGGGAAUUUGAGGCCCCCGGUGAUCCUGUGCUGUCUGCUGACAUGGACACCUGCUCUGAGGCACUGGCGCAGCUUGAUGAUGUCAUCAUGCACACGUUCCAGCAGUGUGUGUAUCACCUGACCAAGACCCUGUACUCCCUCCUCCCCACCCUGUUGGACACCAACCCUUUCUCGAGUGAAGAGAAGCAGAAGGAGGAGACUGCAGUGAGAGAUGGAACGAAUGGAGAUGGAGAAGAGGGGCACGAGGAGGGGGAUGUGGCCUCUCUGCCCCCCACAGUGGCCGGGCUAGUGGAGGUUUAUCACUGCUCUCUGCAGCUCUCCCGGGAAGCCUGCCUCUCUCCUCCUCUCACAUCCCAGACCUUCGGCUACCUCUUCUUCUUCACCAACACCUCGCUCCUCAACACUCUUCUGGAGAGAGACGGUUUGUUUUCCUGGUCUCGGGCGGUGCAGAUCCGCACUAAUCUGGACCUGGUUCUAGACUGGCUGCAGGGGGCCGGCCUUGGAGAUAUCGCAUCAGAAUUCCUCAAGAAGCUUUCUGUCACUGUCAACUUCCUGUGCAUCCCAAAGACCCGCCUUAUCCAGUCGUCUUGGGCGAGCCUGCAGGAGGACCACGCCUUGCUAAGCCCCGCCCAGCUUCACCACCUUCUGACUCACUACAAGCUGGGACCAGCCAGAGCCACACCUUCCUGCUGGGCUCCACCCCCAGGCACUGAACUAGGAGGCGAUAUUUUCGAGAGCUUUCUGGACCACCCACCCCUCAUCCUGCCCAAUGAGGCUCCAAGUUUGGACCUCACUCAGCCAAUCCCGACCCCAGAGCUCCAAAAGGAAGUGACAGCCCUGCGGACGUUCCUGUGGGGGCUGGAUCAGGACGAGCUCCCCGCCAAUCAGAGAACUAGACUGUAGGACAGGGAACAUGUAGCGAGGUGUUGUAAAACUGUGGCUUUAAAGCACACAGAACACACAGCCUUCACUUCACUUUGGCCAGUUCAUUAGAUUUAUUACAGCUUGAAUUCGUAUCACCAGAUACCUUCCAGUAUUACUGCUUUAGUAGCCUGUAGUAUUUUAAAACUGCUGAACAUCAUCAUUGAUAUGCUGUGCAGGAUGAUUUUACAUUUAAACUGAAAGGCGCCCAUUUAUGCACCUUAGCAGUAUGUUACACGUAAUUAUAUAACGCAGGAGACUCGUUGCCUGGUUGCAAUGAUUAGAUUCCUUUCAUUUUAGGUUUACUUAGAAUUAAAAGUGUAUCCACUAGUGUUGUUUCUUUGUGGUGGCGAUAGCAGUUUUUUAUAUAUGCAGUGUUUUAUUAUUGUCACUUAGUGAAAAACCUGUACCAGGUACACACUAAUGCACACUAAUGAUAGAAAAUGAGAAAAUAACACUAAACGCUUAUAACACUUGCUUCAUAGAUUAUAUGAUACAUAUCUGACAUAACAAUCUUAUAUUAUAACAGUUUGACAGCGUGAAAGAUCUAAUACAAAGCUACAGUUUACAUUCUAACACUUGCAGGAUUGAUUUAACACUUAAAGUGAGAUUAGAGUGAAUAAGUGCUUAGUUAUAAACUUAUAGCGUCCUUACUGUGCUAUGAAAUGGUGUUUUACUGUUUUAAAAUAUGCCAAACUCUUUUAAAAGCUGAUUACUGGGCUGCAAACAUUAAUUUUAUGGAACAAAUGCAAAACCUUUAAUACAAAUAGAAGAAGAGGAUGAUCAUUGUAAUGUUUAUCACCUAAAUUUUCGGACAAUUUAAAGCUAAUGGCCCUUAGCUUGAUUUUGGGCGUUUCAGCGUGUCUUUACUAUUAUAACAACAGGAAACGUACACCACGAAACAAGCCACGUACAUGUGCUUAUGACAUGCACUUAUUCUUUUAAUUAAUCAUGGGUGUUUUGGGCGUCUGUCUAGGUUGUUUUCAGUCAGUGGCGCACCUGUGUUUCCCAGUGCCAAGAUAGCAAUAUAGCAGAAAUUUACCUGAACACACCAAAUUUAAAUUUUCUGUAUGUGAACAACACAGGAAGAAGGUUUGAAAAUAGACCGCUGGCGGAGUGUAAGACAGCAAUGAGCAUCACAAUGUACUUUCCACAGGGUGUAAGACAAGGCCAUAAAUUCAAAAAUAGAAAUCUGUGAGUAAAACUUAUGUUUUUUUUUCUAUUUAAUAAAGUAAAAAGGAAAAGAGCUCACAUUAAUUGUUUCAAUUGUUUUCAAAGUGUUUCAUUUUUCACUGAAGAAAAAUUGAAAAAUAAUAAUUAUAAAAAAAAAGCUUUCUCUCAAUUUUCUUUCUAUCUUUUUUGCAUCAUGUAUCGGACAUCUGAUGGUAUAAUCCAGCCUAGAUAAAAUGCAAAAAUUGAACGAAUCUGAAAAUUGUAAGGGGCAGAAAUUAAAAACUAGAAAAUUGUUAAAAAAUACAAAUUUAUAUUAGUUUUACAAUAAUAAUUUCUUCAAUAUACUAAAUGGAAAAAUAAUAAAAAUAAUUCAGUUUUGCGUACAAUUUUCUUAUGUCAAAUUUAGCUUCAAAAAAGUUGGAAAAUAUAAACAUAGAUAAACGUUACACUGACUGAGGAUAUCCAGCACUAUUCAAUAUAUACUUCUGUAUAUUUUAUGUGCUUUAAUUAAAAGGUGGAACUGAACAAAUAUGUACAAUCUAUGGGUGCACUAAAGAGAAAUCCAGGCUUUAUUUCUAAUUAGUCUAAAACAUAUCAACUACAUAUUGUAAAAACUAUGUGUUUGUGUUUAUUCUAAUGCAUUGUGUUACUUCUAUUGGUUAAAACACAUAAAAAAGACAUGUUGGCGUUAAUAUAUGUUUAAUGAAUCGGCUUUGGGACCCGAGACGGAAUCCAUACUGAAUUAUUAAUAUACCAACACCAUGUUCUGGCUGUGCUUUGUAUAUUCAUAUAUUCCUAAUAAAUAUUAACAGUAUGAAGCUGA